AUGUAUGUACAUCGAUCGACUGUUUUACGACUGUGUGUGUGGGUGAGCCUGUUGGCGCUAUGUGGGGCCCAACGCGCAGAACAACUCCUGGCACAGAAUCCGUGCUCCAGCAAGACGACGUGCAGUGACUGCAUCCGCACGGCCAGCUGCGCGUGGUGCUUUGCAGCAGAGUUCAAUGGCCCACGAUGCUUCAACCCGGCCAUGGAGAGAGAUGGCACCGCGGGAUGUGAAGAAUCCUACAUAUUUAACCCAGACAAUAAACGCUCUGUCGACCCCAUGUACAAUAUGGAGCUGAGCAGAGCAAAGUCCAGAAUGGGUAUGGCUUCUGGCUCAUCUUCUUUUGAAGAGUCUUACAGUGCAAAGGGCAGCAGUUUUGCUGCUUCAGGAUCGGCAGCAGCCGCAGGUGGUGAGGCUGGUGGCGACAGACUGGUACAGAUGAAACCUCAGAAAGUGAAUCUCAACCUAAGAAUGAAUCAAAUGCAGAAACUUACAUUUGCGUACUCCAGAGCUCAAGAUUAUCCUGUUGACUUAUAUUACCUUAUGGACUUGAGUAGAUCUAUGAAAAACGACAAAGAGAAACUCAGUACACUUGGAAGUUUACUGUCUGCUACUAUGAGGAACAUGACAUCCAUGUUCAGGAUCGGAUUCGGCUCAUUUGUAGACAAACUAGUCAUGCCUUAUGUAUCUACAGUGCCUAAGAAUUUGAUAUCACCCUGUGACGGUUGUGCAGCGCCAUAUGGUUACCAAAAUCAAAUGUCUCUCAGUACUGACACUGACUUCUUUGAGAAAGCAGUAGCUAACGCUGACGUGUCCGGUAACUUGGACGCUCCCGAAGGAGGGUUCGAUGCUAUCAUGCAGGCCGUGGUCUGCAAGCAACAGAUCGGCUGGCGAGACCAGGCUAGGAGACUUCUUGUCUUCUCCACAGACGCCGGAUUCCAUUACGCUGGCGACGGAAAGCUCGGUGGUAUCGUCCAACCUAAUGACGGCGAAUGUCACAUGAAGGACAACACGUACACACACUCGACACUGCAGGAUUAUCCCAGUAUUUCACAGAUUAAUCAUAAGGUGAAAAAGCACGCUAUCAACGUAAUCUUCGCGGUGACGGCGGAGCAGAUCAGCGUGUACGAGCAGCUAAGCAAGCACAUCGAGGGUUCCAGUACGGGAGUGCUGAGCAACGACUCCGAUAACAUCGUCGACCUCGUCCGGGAACAGUAUAACAAAAUUACGUCAACAGUAGAAAUGAAAGAUUCAUCAAGUGACGCUGUGCAAAUAGUGUAUUACUCAUCUUGUCUCAGCGGCAAAGAACUCACCCAGACGAACAAAUGCGACGGAUUAAAGGUCGGCGAUGUCGUGGAAUUCACAGCUGAAAUCACAUUGAAAGAAUGUCCGAAAGACCGCAGCAAGUGGAAGCAAACUUUCGAGAUCUCCCCCGUCGGUAUCUCUGACAGUCUCACUGUUGAACUGGAAAUGGUCUGCGAUUGUCCUUGUGAACAACCUAAUCAUCAUGCGUACAACGACAGUCCGCUGGUGUGCAGCGGCGAGGGCGUGUCUGCGUGCGGGGUGUGCGUGUGUCGCGCGGGGCGCUUCGGCAAGAACUGCGAGUGCUCGGCGCACGGCGGCGUGUCGGCCGAGCAGGAGCGCGGCUGCCGGCCCACCAACGCCAGCGCCGGCCCGCUCUGCUCCAACCGCGGCACCUGCAUCUGUGGCGUCUGCGAGUGCAACAAGAUGGACGACCCGCUUAACGUGAUUUCUGGCCCAUUCUGCGAGUGUGACAACUUCACGUGUGAUAUGAACAAAGGUUUGCUUUGCUCGGGCCCCGACCACGGCGAGUGUGUCUGCGGCAAGUGUAGCUGUACUCCAGAGUACACCGGACCAGCCUGCCAGUGUUUGAAGGACCAAACUCCUUGCCGGUCUCCUGAAAACAACGAAAUAUGUAGCGGUAACGGAAAAUGUGUUUGCGGCCAAUGUGUGUGUAAUGUAGAUGAUGAUCGUCAUUAUUCCGGAAAAUACUGUGAAAAAUGUCCCACUUGCCCUGGACGCUGCGGUGAAUUCAAAGACUGUGUGUUAUGUGAGGUACACAAACGUGGUCCGCUGUACAACGCCGACACAGAUACCUGUGGCGACUGUGCGCUCUAUCCCAUAAUCGAAGAAGGCAAAAUAGAAGCGAACGAAUCUCGAAACGAACAUCUAUGUAGUUUCUACGACGACGAAGACUGUUUGUAUGUGUAUGUGUACUCCUACAAUGAGAACCAGCAACUUGUUAUCAGGGCGCAGAAGGAAAGAGAAUGCCCCAAGAAGGUGCCGAUCUUGGGUAUUGUGCUGGGUGUGAUCGCUGCGAUAGUGUUGGUUGGGUUGGCACUACUGAUGUUAUGGAAGAUGGCGACCACUAUCCACGACCGCAGGGAGUUUGCGCGCUUCGAGAAAGAACGCAUGAUGGCCAAAUGGGACACGGGCGAGAAUCCUAUUUACAAGCAAGCGACUUCAACCUUCAAAAAUCCUACAUACGCUGGAAAAUAA